AUGGUGUUCGGCAAUACAGCAACUAUCACAGCAGCCAGCACCAGUGAGGCAAGCACAUCGAAAGACUUGGCUUUGCCUGCUGAUGCUUCCGACACCAUCUCGUCCGUCCGCUGGUCUCCAGUCCGCAAUCAUCUCGCGGCUGGGUCCUGGGACGGCAAGAUGCGCAUCUACGACAUUGCGACAGAUGGAUCCGCCCGUGGUCUAACUAUGUUGUCCGCAGACGGGCCGGUCUUCAGCUGCGACUGGAGCAAGGACGGAAGCUUUGUUGCCGCCGGAGGUGCAGACAAGAAAUUGCACAUCCUAGACGUCGCAACGGGUCAGACCAUGACGAUUGGGUCUCACGACGCUCCGGUUCGCGCCGUGCGCUUCGUCGACGUCUUGUCCGCGUCCCCCAUCAUCGCCACGGGCUCGUGGGACAAGACCGUCCGCUACUGGGACAUGCGCAUGUCCAACCCUCACAUCUUUACGUUGGACUGCGCCGAUCGCGUCUACUGCAUGGACAGCGCCUCCAAGCUGCUUGUCAUCGGCACCGCUGAGCAGCACAUUCAUCUUGUGGAUCUUGCUCAGCCCACCAAGUUUCUACGCACGACUGAGUCGCCCCUCAAGCACCAGACGACCGCUGUAGCCGCCUUCCCGGAUGGCAAGGGCUGGGCUACGGCAGGUAUUGAGGGGCGCUGCGGAAUUAACGGCGUUGAGGAGGUUAAGAACCGCGUCAACAACAUCAACUUCACCUUCAGGUGCCAUCGUGACGCGCCGGACCCCCAGAAAGUCGUCAAGAUCUGGACCGUCCGAGAUGUCAAUUUCCACCCCGUACAUACCACCACUUUCACCACAGCGGGCGCCGAUGGCACCUUUCACUUCUGGGACCGGGUCGCCCACCAACGGCUUCGGGGAUUCUCCCCCGUCGGUGGCGCGAUCACCGCGACGUCGUUCAAUCGCGACGGCACCAUCUUUGCAUAUGCCGUCGGGUACGAAUGGUCCCAAGGAUACGCCAAGAACCGGCCAGAUUAUCCGAUCAAGUUGAUGCUGCAUCCUGUUGACGAGGCGGAGGUGCAGCCUAAGGUACGAAGAUGA